AUGGUCGAACCGAGCAAGAGCCAAAUGGCACAUUUCCAGGCCAUCUCAUGGGUCGCCAAAGAAGUCUCUGAACCGAACAUAAUCAUUCGAGAGCCUGUCAGCCGCGUCUUCGAUCCUGAAGUUCGCGCCUUUGAGUUUUGGGGCUCAACGCUACACAGCGCCACAACAGUUCCAUUCUUUAUCGGCGCCUAUUACCUACCGCCCGAGUCAGACGAACGGACCUUGGACGCAGAGGGGCCAGACCAGCGACCAUUUGACCAGCGAUUUGUCACAAGAAGCCGGUUCUUUUUGACUCUGGGCCGCGGCGUGAGCACCAUGGACAAAAGUUUGUGCCACGGCGGAGUGGUCGCAUCUAUCCUCGACGAGUGCGCUGGAGCCAUCUGCUGGAUCAACAAGGCGCAUGGAUUCUUGGAGUUUCUGCCGCAGGUGACCAUGAGUCUCAACAUCAGCUACUUGAAACCGGUUCCAACAAUGUCGACAGUGGCUGUGACAGCUUUCCUGAGAAGAAUAGAUGGUCUGAAGCUUGAUGUUGACGUGAUGUUGAUGAACGAGGUGGGCACAGUGCUUGCGAAAGCCGAAGCUGUAUAUGUGUCGAUUGAUAAGCGCAAAAAACCGGGAAAGGGGAAGUUGUAA